AUGAGCAGGGCCCGGCAGCAGUGCUUGGUGCACCACGAGCACCAGCCAGUGUGCACCGCCCAGCCCAACCACAUCACCAGGCCGACGUACGCCCCACCAGGGAUCACCGUCCCUAUAUCCUGACGUCACUCAUCUGGCCCCUAUGGCCGCCCAUAUGCCACCCGACGCCCGGGACCAGACGGGGACCUGGUGGUAGUCGUUGCCGCCCAACGCGCAACAUCGUCAUCCGCUAUUAUCACAUCCACACCUUGCUGAAGAUUAAUAACUGGGUAAACAUCACGGGCAGGUGCGGAAGACUUGCCUCGGACUGCCAAAGUGUGGGUCACACCCCUCCCCCCCUUCCCCUAGGCCACCUCACUCUGGGGGGGAGAGACUGCCCGCCGUGCCCAGCUCGACCUCACGGCAGUCACCGACGGCGCUCUUCAUCCUAGUCACCCGACCAUCGAACUCUAAGAGAUCUAAUUGUGUUGGCCAGAACCAGGAAACUUAUUAUUUGCGUAUUUCAGUGAUUUUGAUGGUGUUACCUGUGAUAUCAGGCAGUGGUUGAGGGCUAGGGGCGGGGGGACGAUACUAGUGUAGGAUGCCGGGUGUUAAGGGCAGGUGUAUGUUUGUGCAAGAGGUGUUCAACUGUAGGGGAUACGAGCAGUUUACCACAGCGUGCGGGUAGCACAGUGACCAGUGUGUGUUGAAAAUAACACCUGCCACACAGGGAGCUUCAUUAGGCCCCACAGUGCGUGGCGUGACGCUGCUGGGGAGGUGGUCUUCCGCCGUCUGCGUCUCCUGCAGGAGCCAUGACAGUCUCCUACCAGUAUGACGUGGCCUCCUCCACUUCGGGCGGCUUUACCCGCCUCCUCUUCAAGUGGAAGGGUUCCUUGUAUAAACUCAUAUACCGAGAGCUCUUCCUCUUCUGCCUGGGAUACGCUUGCAUGAGCUGCAUCUACAGAUUCGUCUUCACAGAGCCGCAGAAGAGGAGGUUCGAGGUUGCGGUGCUCUUCUGCGACUCCUACAUGAACUACAUCCCUCUUUCCUUCAUCUGGGCUUCUACGAUUUCUUUCGUAGCCAUCAGGUGGUGGCAGCAGUACAUGGCUAUCCCAUGGCCGGACAAAAUCAUCCACGCCAUCGCCCUGCACAUCACCGGCUACGAUGACAAGGGCCGGAUGAUGAGGAGGACCUUAGCCAGAUACAUCAACCUCAGCCUCGUCCUCAUACUGAGGUCUAUAUCGUCGCCACUCAAGAAGAGGUUCCCUACACUCGACCACCUGGUGGAGGCAGGUUUCAUUACUAGCACGGAGCUGGGUAUCUACAAGCUGGUGCCCAACAAGGAGUUCAACACGUACUGGGUGCCGUGUACGUGGUUCACGGCCCUGCUGAAGGACAUCAAGGCUCAGAAGAGGAUACCUGACCCAAUGGGAGUGAAACAUAUCAUGGAGGAGUUCAAUGAGUUCAGACAAAAAUGCGGAAUGCUCUGGAGCUAUGACUGGGUGUCAAUCCCUCUAGUGUACACUCAGGUGGUGACUAUAGCCACCUACGCUUUCUUCCUGGCGGCUAUAGUCGGGCGGCAGUUCGUGGAGAAGUCACCUUACGCCUACAAGGCUAAGCUGGACCUCUACAUCCCCUUCUUCACGAUCCUGCAGUUCUUCUUUUACAUGGGACUCCUGAAGGUCGCCGAGCAGUUGAUCAACCCGUUCGGUGAUGACGAUGAGGAUUUUGAGCUCAACUGGAUAAUUGACAGACACAUGAAGGCCAAGCAAGGCCUGCGGAGCUUGAGCGUGCCUGAUGAUGCCAUACUUGGUAGCCAGCAGCUCCUCACCUAUGCACUUAUUGGGAGUGCUCUACUGGCUGUUGGGGCGCAUCAAGGCUUUCUUGCCGCGGAUCCGGAGAAGGUAAGCCAGGCGAGCUUGGUGGCGCCUUCCACAGAGGGCGCCGCGAAGGAGUCCGAUGACAUGGACCGUGUCUUCUUGCCCUUCUCCAACUGGGCCAGCACCAUCGACAACGGAGAUUCCGUCACUCUGGAUAUGGGUAGCAUCGCCGACGAAGAGGACACACAACGAGAUGAUAAAAAUAAACCUAAGGUCAAAUCAACUUUCCGCCUCCCAGCGUCGCUCAAAUCGAGAUUAGCGGUGCGUAAGAAACCCGUCAUCACCUGGCGGCCCUACACGCGGCAGGUGAGUGUGGCCCAGGGACUGCCGCAGGUCCUGCCAGAGAACUUCCCUGAAUUCGUAGAGACAGAAAUUCCCGAGGAGAUUAAAGCCGCGAUGCCCAGCAACCUUCCACCCGGUCACUUCGAGGACGAAUGUGCCUUCAUGUGGCGAACCAUCGAUAAUGAUUCCGAUUCUAUGAAAACAGCCAACUCUGCUAUGAGUGACGACCAUCACCACUCUGAUAUCUGGCUGCAUGACACAGCAGCACUCUCGCUCUCACAGUAUAAAGACGUGAAGCCUCAAUUUCCAGAAGUGCAAGUAGAAGAAUAUGGCUUACCCAAAGAGCAGAGAGUUCAGCGGCUUGUGCUUUAUAGGCCACUAGGAGCUCGUAGGGCGAGAUACAAAACAAGAGGACGCAUGCGAUGCCAGACUUGCUCUAUGCCGCUUCUCACCACCCCACGGAGGAGGGUGAGUAUUCUGCCCAGCCUCGUCAGAAGUCUUAGUGAAAACUCUGUGUUCCUCGAAGCGGUCGUUCGUCGCCUCAGUGAGCACAACCGAUCUCAGGAAAAACCUUAUCCCUCCAGCAAGCGACAGCAGCUGACCCUACCUGUCCCGCCCUCAAGUCUGACGUCUGUUCCUAAUACAUGUGCCAUAGCCGUCAAUGGUACUGUACGCAGAAAGCAAAAGAUAUGUAUUUUCAGCCGUAUUUGCAGUAUUUGGACAUUUCACAUUGUUCAUCAAAGAAAUCGAAAAAAGUCUUCCCUAUGGCCUCCGAAAAGUGAAGCUCUUUUGUCUCUUUCAGGCAGCAAGGACCUGCGGAGCUUGAGCGUGCCUGAUGAUGGCCUUACUCUGGUAGGCAGAAGCUCCUCACCCUAUGCCACUCGUAGGGAGAGCUCGAAGUCGGCACCGCUCUCCAGGUCUUCCAGCAGGCGGACUGGCACUGCAGGUAGUAAGGGUAUUGGGAGUGCUCUACUGGCUGUUGGGGCGCAUCAAGGCUUUCUUGCCGCGGAUCCGGAGAAGGUAAGCCAGGCGAGCUUGGUGGCGCCUUCCACAGAGGGCGCCGCGAAGGAGUCCGAUGACAUGGACCGUGUCUUCUUGCCCUUCUCCAACUGGGCCAGCACCAUCGACAACGGAGAUUCCGUCACGCUGGAUAUGGGUAGCAUCGCCGACGAAGAGGACACACAACGAGAUGAUAAAAAUAAACCUAAGGUCAAAUCAACUUUCCGCCUCCCAGCGUCGCUCAAAUCGAGAUUAGCGGUGCGUAAGAAACCCGUCAUCACCUGGCGGCCCUACACGCGGCAGGUGAGUGUGGCCCAGGGACUGCCGCAGGUCCUGCCAGAGAACUUCCCUGAAUUCGUAGAGACAGAAAUUCCCGAGGAGAUUAAAGCCGCGAUGCCCAGCAACCUUCCACCCGGUCACUUCGAGGACGAAUGUGCCUUCAUGUGGCGAACCAUCGAUAAUGAUUCCGAUUCUAUGAAAACAGCCAACUCUGCUAUGAGUGACGACCAUCACCACUCUGAUAUCUGGCUGCAUGACACAGCAGCACUCUCGCUCUCACAGUAUAAAGACGUGAAGCCUCAAUUUCCAGAAGUGCAAGUAGAAGAAUAUGGCUUACCCAAAGAGCAGAGAGUUCAGCGGCUUGUGCUUUAUAGGCCACUAGGAGCUCGUAGGGCGAGAUACAAAACAAGAGGACGCAUGCGAUGCCAGACUUGCUCUAUGCCGCUUCUCACCACCCCACGGAGGAGGGUGAGUAUUCUGCCCAGCCUCGUCAGAAGUCUUAGUGAAAACUCUGUGUUCCUCGAAGCGGUCGUUCGUCGCCUCAGUGAGCAACGAUCUCAGGAAAAACCUUAUCCCUCCAGCAAGCGACAGCAGCUGACCCUCCCUGUCCCGCCCUCAAGUCUGACGGUGAAUGGCAGACACAUCUCGAGUAGCCCCGGCUCCCUGGAUUCACACUGA